UGUCUGCCCGGGUUCUGUGACCAGAGGUUCAGGACGGAGUGUCGAGGCUGGACAUUAGAGCCCUGCAGGACUUUAGAAGGGCUACAGUUAGCUCAUCGGGGUUUAGCUGGGUAGUUGUGAAGGAGUUUAGCUGUGCAGGCAUUUAACCGUGAAGGUGUGCCAGAGUUUAGCUGUGCAUGAGGGUGCAGUGUAACUGUGCAGCAUUUUAGCUAGGUAGGAGUUCAGCUGGCUAAAUAGCUGUGCAGGCGUGUUCUGUUUUCCAGGCCAGUAGAAAAGAGCAUUACUGAAUAGUAUCUUUAUCUGUACCAUUGACAGCCCAGGAGAGAUGGACAGUCACAGCUACAGCCACAGGAGGAAGGAGGCUCCGCCCACAGACACUGAGUUGAGGGUCCUGGUGGUGGGAUCCAGUGGACCGUCUCAGUUCUCCUUGACCAACUCCAUCCUGGGUCGGGAGGAGUUCUCCAAGGACGUGAACAGCAUCGUCCAGAGCCGGAAGAACCUGGGGGAUCUGGCUGGGACGCGGGUCGCUGUGGUUAACGGGCCCAACCUCUAUGGCAAGAACCUGUCCCAUACCAAGAUGAAGACAGAGAUGAAGAGAUGCAAGUGCCUGUCAGCCCCUGGCCCUCACGCUCUCCUCAUGGCCUUUGACCUGGACCAGAUUUCGCCCAAUGACGUCAAGACCCCGAAGCUGAUGGUGAAGCGCUUCGGUGAGAACGCCCUAUCUCACACCAUGGUCCUACUGGCCUACGAGGGUGAUGCCGACAUGCAGACGCUGGAGAACCGAGUGAGCACCGACUGGCACAUCCGUGAGCUCAUUGAGCAGUGCGGCGGUCGCUACCACAUCUUCAACAAGAACUGGAGGGACCGCUCUCGGGACAAGGAGCUCCUGCAGAAGAUCGACCGUAUGCUAGCGUCCGUGGGUGGCCGGCACUACACCAGCCGCUCCUACGCGCAGGCGGAGGAGAGCGUGCGCAAGGAGGAACGAAAGCUCCUGAAGAAGCGGGCGACGGAGACAGAGGAGGCUUGGAGGGAGUUGGAAAAGCAGUACAGAGGGGAGGCGCUGCGCUGGCAGGUGGACUCCUACAACAGCAGCGUGGGAGGGGAGAUAAGGGCCAAAGCCGAGAUGGACAACGCCUGGUUGAGGACGUCGCUCGCUGUAGGGGCCGGGCUGGGGAUGGCCACCGGCGCCGCCAUGGGGAUGGCCAUGGGGGCGGUGGCGGGAGCCGGGGGGAUGACGCUGGGAGGGGCUCUCGGAGGGCUGAUGGGCGGGGCAGCGGGCGGGACGGCCCAGGUGGCGAUCGAGCAUCUGGAGGACAGGGUGGGGCCACACGCAACUAACUUCAACACCGUGUUCAUCAACCGCUUCUUCCGGCCACCUCGUUCGUGA